AUGGGGGACGCUGGGGGCGCAGAAAGAGGCAUCCGCAUUGCCAUCGACCGAGGGGGGACGUUCACGGACUGCGUUGGGAACCCAGGCACGGGGCGCAUGGAAGAUGACAUUAUCAUCAAACUUCUGUCGGAGGACCCUUCGAACUACGACGAUGCGCCCCUGGAAGGGAUUCGAAGACUCAUGUCGAAGUUCACGGGUCGAGAGAUUCCCCGAGGCGAAGCACUCGACACGAGUAAGAUAGAGAGCAUUCGCAUGGGCACGACCGUCGCUACCAAUGCAUUGCUGGAGCGUAAAGGGGAGAAGAUGGCCAUGGUCGUGACCAAGGGGUUUAAAGACUGCUUGGAGAUUGGGAACCAGUCUCGCCCGAAGAUCUUCGAUCUGGCCAUUCGAAGACCAGACGUCCUAUAUCAGAAAGUCGUCGAGGUGGAUGAAAGAGUGACGCUGGAAGACUACGCCGAAGAUCCUACCCGGCACAAGACGAAAGCGGAAACCAGUCACGAGAACUACAAAACCAGCGAGCUGGUCCAAGGCCUGUCGGGGGAGGCCGUCAGGAUACUACGAAGGCCCGAGGAGGAUAGAAUCAAGGGUCAACUUAAGGAACUUUUCGACGAAGGCUUCCGAAGCAUGGCGGUGUGCUUGAUGCACGGGUACACGUUUCCCGAUCACGAAGCGCUGGUUGGCAAGCUUGCCCGCGAGACUGGUUUCGAGCACGUAAGUCUCAGUCACGAACUCAUGCCUAUGAUCAAGUUGGUUCCUCGGGCGACGUCGGCCUGUGCGGAUGCCUACCUCACGCCAGCCAUCAGGAAAUACAUUUCUGGCUUCCAGGCCGGCUUUGAGGGCGGAUUGGGGACGGAGAGCGUCAAGAAGGAAGAAGGCGAUAGAGGCGCAAGGUGUGAAUUCAUGCAGUCUGACGGUGGUCUCGUGGAUGUGGAUCAGUUCUCUGGCUUGCGAGCAAUUCUGUCCGGUCCGGCAGGCGGUGUUGUUGGUUAUGCAUUGACCUCAUACGACCCCGAGACCAAAACCCCUGUCAUUGGAUUCGAUAUGGGUGGUACGAGCACGGAUGUCAGUCGAUAUGGUGCCGGGAGAUACGAGCACGUUUUCGAGACCACCACCGCCGGAGUCACCAUCCAAUCCCCCCAGCUGGACAUAAACACUGUAGCCGCAGGGGGCGGCUCCCGGUUAUUCUUCAGAAAUGGCUUGUUUGUCGUUGGACCGGAGUCUGCCGGUGCACACCCUGGACCAGCAUGCUACAGAAAGGGUGGUCCGCUCACCGUGACAGAUGCAAACCUCUUCCUUGGUCGACUGCUCCCGGACUUCUUCCCCAAGAUUUUCGGCAAAAAUGAAGACGAGGGACUCGAUCCCGAAGCCAGCAAGAAGCUCUUCGAAGAGCUCACAAAGGAGAUCAACAGCAAGACGGAUAAGAGCAUGUCGGCCGACGAGGUCGCGUACGGCUUCAUCAAGAUCGCCAAUGAGACCAUGACGAGGCCGAUUCGAUCCUUAACUGAGGCCCGAGGGCACGAUACCUCACAACAUCGACUCGCGACAUUUGGCGGUGCGGGAGGUCAACAUGCCGUGGCAAUCGCUGAAUCCUUGGGGAUCAGACAAAUCCUCGUCCACCGAUACUCGUCUGUCCUGUCCGCCUACGGAAUGGCGCUCGCCGACGUCGUGGACGAAAACCAAGUCCCCGAGUCCCACGUUUGGGAUAUGAAAAAGGGCUCCGCCCGAGAUGAUCUAAAAGUAAAGAUGAACGAACUCAAGGAACGUUCCCGCAAGCGCCUAAAGGACCAGGGCUUCUCCGACGACUCGAUCGAGUAUGAAGAGUACCUCAACAUGCGAUAUCGCGGCACGGAAUCCGCGUUGAUGGUCAUCAAGCCGAGCCCGGAGGAAGCAAAGGAACUUUAUGACGGAGACGACUGGGCCUUUGGCGCUGCGUUCGUCCGCCAGCACGAGCAGGAAUUCGGCUUCACCCUUCCCGACAGAGACAUCAUCGUGGAUGACGUGCGCGUGCGUGGGAUAGGAAAGUCCUUCCGGGGCAUGUCCAAGACGGCAGACCAGCAACUCAAGGAGAUCAGCCCCAAGGAUGUGGCUAAGGACAAGGCCUACACGACGUCGGAGGUCUACUUUGAAGGGGGCCGUGUUCCCACAAAGAUCUACCGACUGGAAGACCUCGACGUGGGCACGCGCGUCCCGGGUCCCGCCAUCAUCGCGGACGGGACGCAGACCAUCAUCAUCGACCCCAAGGCGUCGGCCCUGAUCAUCGAGACACACGUGGUGAUCAACAUCGGCGACGAGGGAACGGUGAAAAAGGUCAACACAAAGGAAGUCGACCCGAUCCUGCUGUCCAUCUUCGCGCACCGCUUCAUGGCCAUCGCAGAACAGAUGGGCCGCGCGCUGCAAAAGACGUCUGUGAGCACCAACGUCAAGGAACGGCUGGACUAUUCCUGCGCGCUCUUCGACGCCGAGGGCGGCCUCGUCGCCAACGCCCCGCACCUGCCCGUCCACCUGGGCAGCAUGUCGACGUGCGUGCGCACGCAGGCCGAGAUCUGGAAGGGCAAACUGAAGCGCGGGGAUGUCAUCGUGUCCAACCACCCGGAGUACGGGGGCACGCAUCUCCCGGACAUCACGGUCGUGACGCCCGCCUUUUCCGGCGACAAGAUUAUCUUCUACGUCGCCUCGCGCGCCCAUCACGCCGACAUUGGCGGCAUCUUGCCCGGCAGCAUGCCCCCGCAUUCGCGCGAGCUGUACCAAGAAGGCGCGGCCAUCAAGUCGGAGAAGCUCGUGUCGGAGGGCAAAUUCGACGAGAAGCGCAUCACCGAGCUGCUGUACGACGAGCCCGCCCAGUAUCCCGAAUGCAGCGGCACGCGGUGCCUGGCUGACAACAUCAACGACCUCAAGGCCCAGAUCGCCGCCAACCAGAAGGGCAUCAACCUGAUCAGCGCGCUGAUCGAGGACUACGGCGAGGAGGUCGUGCAGUUCUACAUGCAGAACAUCCAGGACAACGCCGAGCGGUCGGUGCGGGAGUUGUUGAAGGAAGUGUACAAGAGGUUCGAAGGCCAGCAGCUUCAGGCGAUUGACUACAUGGAUGAUGGCAGCCCCAUAUGCCUGAAGAUCAAGAUCGACCCCGAGAAAGGAGAAGCCCUGUUUGACUUUGAAGGCACCGGUCCAGAGGUAUAUGGCAACAUUAACGCGCCCGAAGCGGUGACGUACUCGGCCAUCAUUUACUGCCUGAGAUGUCUGAUUGACCAGGACAUCCCUUUGAACCAGGGAUGUCUCAAGCCAGUAGAAGUACGCAUCCCGCCGGGUUGUUUCCUCUCCCCGAGCGAGAAGGCCGCCGUGGUGGGCGGUAACGUCUUGACCAGCCAGCGUGUCACAGACGUGGUGUUCAAGUGCUUCGAGGCCUGUGCAGCGAGCCAAGGAGACUGCAACAACCUGACAUUCGGCUUCGGUGGGAAUAUGAAGGGUGGGACCGAGCAGAAAGGGUUCGGAUACUACGAAACUAUUGCGGGUGGAAGUGGCGCGGGUAAGGACUGGGAGGGAACAAGUGGUGUGCACACGCACAUGACAAACACUAGGAUUACAGAUGCGGAGGUCUUUGAGCGCAGAUACCCUGUGAUCUUGCGGGAGUUCAGUCUCAGGGCUGGCAGUGGUGGUGUGGGUCAACACAAAGGUGGAGAUGGUGUGAUUCGCGACAUCGAGUUCCGUAUCCCUGUGCAAGUCAGCAUCUUGAGUGAGCGGAGAGUGUACAGGCCCUACGGAUUGCACGGAGGAGGUGAUGCUCAAUGCGGUAAGAAUAUCUGGGUAAGGAAGAUCAAAAAGGGGGAGAGCAAAGGCUUAGGAGGUGAGCAUGAUGGGAAGAGACGAGAAUCUGGAGACGACAAUGAGUAUGUGGAGAGGUAUAUCAACCUCGGAGCCAAGAACACUGCUAGCAUGCAGCCUGGCGAGAGGAUCAUUGUGAUGACACCUGGUGGCGGUGGUUAUGGCAAGGCGGGUGCAGAAUCCCAAGUCCAGCUGAGAGAAGACUAUGAGAAGCAUUGGAAGAAGGGAAGCCUUGCAUCCCGACUGGCGGAAUGGGAGUCCAGCUCUUGA